ACCCCGCAAAUCGGCAAUUGAAGCUUCCCGCCAGCGCCACGCACGCCAGGUGUUUGGCGCCAGAACGCCCCGGGCAUGGCGCUCCUCCCCCUGCGGCACCUGCUUCUGCUGCUUCUCCGCCUCGUCGUCUCCGGCCAGGCCUCGUCUCCUGCCACCGCGCUCUUCGUCCUCGGCGACUCCACCGCCAGCUGCGCUGCCACCACACUCCCCCUCAACCUCUCCUCCUUCAGCUCCUCCGGCAAAUGCCUCUUCCCCUCCGCCCACCGCCUCCUCCCCGACCUCAUCGCCGCCAAGAUGGGCCUCCCGCCGCCUCCCCUCAUCGUGACGCUCAACGGCACGGCGGCGGAGGCGGCAAGAGGCGUCAACUUCGCGGGCGACGAGGGCGGAGGCGGCGCGAUCUUCCGCAUGGGCGCCGUGGGGCAGCAGCUGCGGCUGGCCACCGAGACGCUGCAGCUGCUGCGGCUGGAGGCCGCGACGCCGCAGGACGCGGACGCGGCGGCGGCGGGCGCGGUGUUCGUCCUGUCCUUCGGCACCGACGCGUACGCGCGGCUGCUCUCCCGCGGGUCGGAGGCCGACGCGUCGGCGCCCAAGCACGGCCGCCGCGGCUUCGCCCGCCUCCUCGCCGACCGCGUCGCGCGCACCGUCGCGGAGCUGUACGAGGCGGGGGCGAGGAGGACGGCGGUGAUGGGGGUGGCGCCGCUGGGGUGCGCGCCGCGGGUUAUGUGGGAGGGGCUGCACCUCGUGGACGGCCGCAGCUGCGUGGAGGAGGCGAACGAGCUCGUCCAGGGGUACAACGCCAGGGUGGCGGCGGAGCUGGAGGCGCUGCGGCCGCGCCUCCCCGGCGCCGACGUCGUCUUCUGCGACAUCUACAAGGGGAUGAUGGAGAUCAUCACCCAUCCCGCCAGAUACGGAUUUGAUGAGGUGAGGAAGGCGUGCUGUGGGCUGGGCCCAUUCGGGGGGACGAUGGGGUGCUUGACGAAGGAGAUGGUGUGCCCCACUCCACAGAGACACGUCUGGUGGGACCUCUACAGCCCCACCGAGGCAGCGACCAACCUCCUCGCAAAUUGGUCGUGGUCAGCCUUGCCCAACUCUAACACCAGCAUCUGUCGUCAUGUUAACCUGGAAAUGUUAGCUGGUCGUAUUAUACAUUUUUUCUCUUAACUUAUUAAAUGUCAAUGACUUGAAACUUAUCGGAUAAAAGUAUAGCCAUGUUUUCUCUCUCUCUUUUUUUCUUAAGAGGAAGGAAUUUAGACAAUAAACACUUCACAAUCACAGGUUAGAACGGAACAAAUAACCUCGUAACCACUAUUUAUGUUUUCGCUCGGAGGUGGCAUGUGUAUAAUGCACAAUUUGAUAUCUCAUGCCUCAUUGUCACGCGAUAUCAAUAA